AUGCUCAGAUUAUCCUCAAACUCCUCAGAUUAUCCUCAGACUACUCCUCAAACUCCUCAGUCUAAUCCUCAGACUCCUCCUCAGAUUAUGCUCAGAUUAUCCUCAAACUCCUCAGAUUAUCCUCAGACUACUCCUCAAACUCCUCAGUCUAAUCCUCAGACUCCUCCUCAGAUUAUGCUCAGAUUAUCCUCAAACUACUCCCCAAACUAA